GCGGCUGGUGUGCCGGGACGAGGCGAGUCAGAGGAACAAUGGCCCGGAGCGUGUUGGGCCGGGUCGCGGACGUCUUCCGGCUCAGUAAAGCGGCUCUCCUGUCCGGAACGCGUGUUUACGCGGAGACCAGACCGGAACCGCUGACGAUCAGACAGCAGAACCACGGGAUAAGGAGGAUCGUUCUGAACAACCCCGGCAAGAGGAACGCCCUGUCCCUGUCCAUGCUGCAGUCACUGCGAGAUGACCUCCUGGCUGACCCCAGCACGCUCAGAGUCAUCAUCAUAUCAGCCAAUGGGCCAGUGUUUUCCUCGGGACACGACCUGAAGGAGUUGACGUCUGCACAGGGCAGAGAGCACCACACACAGGUGUUUCAAACCUGCUCUGAGGUGAUGACUCUCAUACAAGACAUGCCUGUACCUGUGAUUGCGAUGGUGAACGGCGUUGCCACGGCGGCAGGUUGUCAGCUGGUGGCUAGCUGCGACAUCGCGGUGGUGACCGAUAAGUCCACGUUUGCCACGCCGGGGGUCAACGUCGGCCUGUUCUGCUCAACACCAGCUGUGGCUAUAGGAAGAGCUGUGCCCAGAAAGGUUGCCAUGGAGAUGCUGUUCACAGGAGCACCCAUCUCUGCCCAUGAUGCUUUGCUGCACGGCCUGGUUAGUAAGGUGGUACCAGAGGAGCGACUGGAGGAGGAGACUUUAGCCAUAGCGCAACGGGUGUGUCAAGCUAGCCGGCCUGUGGUAGCUCUCGGGAAGGCCACUUUCCAAAGACAAAUGGCGCAGGGCCGCGACGCAGCCUACGCCAUGGCCUCCAAGGUGAUGGUGGACAACCUCGCACUCAGAGACGGCCAGGAAGGCAUCCGGGCCUUCAUAGACAAACGCAAGCCUGUGUGGAGCCACGGGACAGACGAGGCCCACGACUGAGGGAGCCGCCUCUGCAGGAGGGAGCCUGGUAACCGAGGCGACCGGUACACAUGUGAUUACCUUAAUUGUCAUGCUUUGAAAACAGCGUACAAUCAACAGAGUACAGUACUAGAUGGUACUAGGCGGCGUUCUGAAUCAAAUGCUCUUAUUAGGCUGAGCAACCGAUCAGGCAAAAUGAUUAAAAAAAAUGUGCGGUCACGUUGCUCGCUGGUUUGGAUUUUGGCCGUACUUGAAAAAGGCCUCUGGACUUCUUAAUGCACCACAUCACAGGAAGUGAAGAGACCUUGAACAGGGAGUUGUUCCACCACUUGCCCAGAAGAUCGUGUCCUUGUGCCUGAGGGGAACAACCGGGCCGCUGCCGUUGCGUGCCGCUGUGGGGUGGUGGUGAGGAGGUGAAGUCUGCCCAGAGGAGUUGAAGAUGCUGCAUGAUGACAGCCUGCAGCCACUUCAUACUUUAUACUUUAUACUAGUACUACUACUACUACUUCCGGCUGCUCCCGUUAGGGGUCAACACAGCGGCUAUAUCCGCAUAUUUGAUUUGGCAGAGAUUUUAUGCCGGAAGCCCUUCCUGAUGCAACCCUCCCCAUUUAUCCGGGCUCGGGACCGGCACUAAGAAUGCACUGUGCAUCCUCAGUGGCUGGGUUCUGCAGCACUUGAUACGCUGUUCUCAUCAAGUCCGUCUGAUUGGAUAAGACACACGUGAACUGGAACUGGACGUCCGCAGCUAUUGCAUGUCGCUGAGUUGCAGUGAUUUAUAUUCCAGAUGAAACACUAUAUGGUGUGUGUAUAUGCAGUGGAAGAAUAUGAAUGAACUGAUUUUUCUGGGACAGGUUCCUCUGCUAUGAUGAACAGAAUUAAUUAAUUGAUUAAUUAAUUAAUUAAUUAGAUCCAUGAGGACCAUAUGAAUGACGUGUAUGAUAUGUAUGAUAGCUAAUUGGGAGGCGGGGGUGUCUUUCCAAAUCUCUGGUCGCUGGAGAUCAGUGUGUCAUGUUUUGUGAUGCUUUUCAAAAUAAAAGUUCACGAACGAGCCUGUCAAUCAAACCAAAACAUUCUGUAUGGACCGCACAGACUUUCCUCAGACGGCGCAGCUGAAUUAUUCAUGCAAACACGCGUAUGCAGCCAGUCAGUUCCUGUUUUCUCUCCAUAGAUCUUUAAUUACCGUCAAAAGCAAUUUACUGCAACCUUACCAGGAAAUUAAGCAUCUGUUAAUCCUUUUGACAUGGAGAAAGUAUUAAACAGUGCCAUCCUGUUCAAUAUGAGCGAGGUCCAAGGAAAACAAACUAUGAUUUGUUAUAUAAUUGUGUAACUCAUAGUGUACCAUCAGUAGGACAUAUUUUAUAAAGUUACUUG